AUGGCUGAGUCGGGGGAACUUGAAGAGGAUCUCUUCGCUGAUCUCUAUGACGCCGACGAAUCUACCAAUCGCGCAACUUCUGCGGUAGAGGCCGCAAAGCCUGUCGACUCCGCGGCUUCAGCAAUCCCUGCACAGCCCACCGCGGAUGCGCCCAUCCAAAGCUACGAGGACUCGCACGACAAUUCAUACCCAUCGCAAGCUCCUCCCCAGAUGAGUUAUGGCAUGGGUUAUCAGAACGGGCAUGGUCAAGAUGAUGCCUCCUCCACUCCCGCAGCAGCUCCCGCAGACAACGACAAUCAUGGAACAGGAAUCAAGGAAGACGGGAAAAUGUUUAUCGGUGGCUUGAAUUGGGAGACAACAGAUCAAUCUCUACGGGACUAUUUUUCUCAAUUCGGCGAUGUUCAAGAGUGCACUGUCAUGCGCGACAGCGCCACUGGCCGUUCGCGUGGUUUUGGUUUCCUGACUUUCCGGGACCCCAAGACCGUGAACACAGUGAUGGUGAAGGAGCACUACCUGGAUGGCAAGAUUAUCGAUCCUAAACGUGCCAUUCCUCGCGAUGAACAGGAGAAGACUAGCAAGAUCUUUGUCGGCGGUGUCAGCCAAGAGGCGACUGAACAGGACUUCAAGCAGUUCUUCAUGCAGUUCGGCCGCGUCAUCGAUGCGACCCUCAUGAUUGACAAGGAUACUGGACGUCCCCGGGGAUUCGGCUUCGUGACUUUCGACAGCGAAGCCGCCGUCGAGAAUGCCCUCUCUCGGCCACUUGAGAUCUUGGGCAAACCUAUCGAGGUGAAGAAGGCCCAGCCUCGCGGCAACCUGCGAGAUGAGGAUCGAGGAGGCCGCCGUGGUGGUGGCCGGGAUAACUUCCGUGACAUGAACCAUGCAGACAACGCCCAACAGCAGGGAGGUCAGCAAGGCAUGGCUGGCGGCAUGACUCCUCAAAUGAUGGCCCAGUACUGGCAGCGCAUGCAGCAAUACUUCGCCAUGAUGCAGCAACAGAUGGCCGUCGCCGCAGCCUCGGGUCAAGGUGGCAUGAACCCCGCCAUGAUGCAGGGCGGUAUGAACCCUGCUAUGAUGCAGCAAAUGCAACAGAUGCAGCAAAUGCAGAUGAAGCAGCAGCAAAUGGGCGCCGGCAACCAGCAACAGGACGGCAUGAGCCCAAACCCCCAGAGCCCCGGCUCCCAGCAGAACAUGCAGAACAUGCAGAACAUGAUGACCCCGGCUAUGAUGCAGCAGAUGCAAAAUCCUGCUCAAGGAGGUAACAGCGGCGGUGCUAGUCCUGGUCCUGGAGCCAACUACAACCGCCAGUCUGCCAGUGCUGCCGGUGCCAAUGCCCCCGGCGGGCCUGGCUACAAUGCCCAGGAACAGAUCGCUUUCGAGCAGCAGAACAGGGGGGGGCCUACAUCAUGGGAGGGCAUGUAUGACGAAGUUCCGCAGCCUAAUAUUCCUACUGGACCCCAAGGUAUGACUCGCGGCGGAAGCAUGGGACAUGAAUCGGGAUCAACGCCCCAGCCCAGCGCCGCUCCAGCCAACGCGCCCACAGGCCCCCGUAAUGCCGGCAAGCCUGGAGCAAACUAUCGUGGUGGCCGUGGCGGUGGACAACACCGUGGUUUCCAUCCCUACUCUCGUUAG